AUGGCUUCGAAGUUAUGCUGCACCGCGGAGCAAGACGACCGAACAGGCUCGCCAGAUCUGCCCAAUGCUCGCGUCAGUGCAGUGACACCCAACUGGCCUCUCCUUCCGAAGCAGGCGGGCUCACCACACUCGCAAUUCACCAGUGCUCGAUCUGGCGAGCUUCAUGAGCUCCGACAAAUCUUCGACAACGCCCAAGAUGAGGCUCCUGAGCGCACGUCGUCUCCAUGCAAGACACCCCGGCCGCGCUCAAGCCGUCCGUCCAUCUACAGCCUGCACAGUCUGCACAAGAUGACGAGCAUGCGAUCCAUUUUGAGGCGAAAGUUCUCCAAGGACCUAACGAGGAAGAAGAGCAAUGCUUCGACCCGACCACAGACUGGACAGAAAACCAUCAAUGAACAGCGAGACACCGUCAUCAAGCACCUGAACGAGGACCCGCGCCAGCGACUGAAGGUGACCAAGGACGACUUGCGAAAGGACCUCCUGAGUGACAAGAAGCCAGCCGAAGGAGGCUAUGACUCGGAUGCCGAAGUGCUCGACGUUGUUGCCAAGAAUAUUGGGAAAGCAACGCCCAACAAGCGACCAAGCAUCCACAGUGUAGACUGGGCGCCUUCUUCAGGAAGUCGCUUUGCACAAGUCUUCAGCACGCCAAAUCUUCGUAUCGAUGAGCCAAAUGAAAGAAGCCGCGCACUGCGGCGAUCUCACUCUGCCACGUCGAUGGGUCUCCCAAAGCCUUCGCCCCUCUCACCAAUGCGACUUCCAAGUCUCACAACUUAUGACAAGGACGGUGUACCUUGGGCUGAGGUUAUGAGCGAAAGUCUUCGCCUCUCCCAGUUUCCUGUACCUCCACGUCACGCAAGCCUGAAACCGUCAAAGACAACCAUGGUCUCGGAUCUUGAAGCGAAGGAUAGCCAUCACGACAAAAUUACCGAGCAAGUCCGCCCAGAUGAGCUGGAUCAGAACGCCAACAUCACAGACCUGACAACAUCUGCUCGUGCCAUUGAAAUACGCAUCCAGCAGCCAACCUCAAUUGCUAGCCCUCGCCCAUCUGCAUCCGUUCGGCGUGACUUCCGAGAGAACGCACCUCCCGUCAACAACACCAGUGCCGAAGACACCAAAGAUGAGGAUCAGGGAGAAGACAACCACCGUCGCUCUGUGCAUCUGUACAGCAUGCGCAUCUCGCAUCACUUGCGCUCCGGCUCACUGUUGUCUUCGGGCUUUGCCAGCAACAAAGUGCCUAGAAGAUGGGGAAGGGUCUUGCCCCACGAACACGAUCUCCGUGCUGAUGUUGCAUCCUCAAUCUACUCAAGCAGACCACAGAGUCCUCCCGAGAGCUUUGGUGGCUCCGUGGCGAACUUCAGCCACUCAUCGGUCGACUUGAGGAAACUGCGGCACUCAAAUUCAUUCCCUACGGAUAAUGAAGAGACGCCUCGGCCUCUGCAUCGUUACGGCGUCAUGGAACUGGCAUCCACUGAGGAAGUCUCACCACAUACUUCACUACUGGCGCAACCGCCGUUGCUAGCACGAAAGAACAGCGUGGCGGAGACAAAGAAGUCCAAAUUCAAGGAAGAGUUCAGUCCUUCGCCGCCCAAGAAGAAACUCACUCCAUCGACGUCAAUCAUGAAGUUCCUGAAUCCCAAGCGACUCAGUCUACGCAGUCUGAGUGAAGCAAAUCUUCAGCCUCAAGCACCGAAGCCGAAUGUGGACGGCCCUUUCGACACUUUGGCCCUGCCGGUUGAUCGGGAACGGCGUCAAUCCCGCUCUUUGAUUAGUCUACAGACCGAACAAGAAGCGCUGGGCAAAAACAAGAGCGCGAACCAUGUCUGGGACAAGGCGCUCAAAGCUCAUCAAGAAGAGAAGGCAUCCAUGUUCCUGCCCAAAAACAAGGAGCUUGCUGUACAUGCUAGUCCCUUCCGAGAACGCAGCGAGGAGCUGCUCCAGUCGCAGGCCUAUCCCGCGCAAGAGGUUGCUGAAGCAUUUGACAAGCAAGGUGACGAUACUGACGUUGUCGGCGCGUGGGGCCGCUACCCAUCGCACACUAGACCUGAGCGCACGCUAUCCUUCAGCAAGAAAGACCGUGUUGAAACACGCGACUUCGCGCUCGAAGCUGCUAUCCGGUUCGCGUCAGCACAGAACGAUGAUUACGAUGAGGACAUGCUGGACCCGACCGACCGCUUGCCAACGCCGAAUCUCCUGCCUGGGGAAAAGAAGCGCAAGAAGAAGGUUGGAACAGGCAAAAUGGCCAAGAGUCACUCCAUGACUUUCGGUAGGAAGCUUAUCAAAAACUACUACGCCGGCAUAUUCAAGUCCUCAAGCUCUGAAUUUCGUCAGCAUGGACGAGGACACCGCAGCUCGAUUGCGUCGGGUGGCACCCUCGAGCAUCCUGAGCUGGAGUUGUUGCCCGAGGUGUUCAUGUCUGGUGCGAACGAUGGAGCUCGUAGCAGACCCCCGAGUCGGAGCGGCAGGAAAGUGGUUCAGCGUCACAGUGCACAGCUCAGCGAGUCCAAGUCAAAAGGUAAGCUGCCGGCUGGCGACUCUAUGGCAACACUUCGUCCUCGUCGAAACUCUUCCGCGCCGAAUCUCAAAGAUCUCACGAAUCUUCAUGAGGGGACUGGUGACGGCAACAACACGCAAGACCGUGCUCGCGUGUGGUCAGUCUACUACGAGAAAUGCGUACCGUCCUUCCCGCGCCUUAGCACUGACAACAGAUUCGCCCUCGAGGAGUUCGGUGGCUCGUCUUGUAUCUCCUUGGACAGAAAGCCCAGCUCGCGACACUCUCAUACCGUGUCAUCGCGACGCCUGAAACACUCACGCAAUGCGAGCCAACUCAGUCGUAUGAGCAAUGCGAGCCGAUGGAGUGGAAGACCCAAGUCCCUUUCCAUGGGUGAGGACGACAGCCCAGGUGAGGACAAAAGCCUUGUUAGUGUGAGGCGCAGUACCAUGGACCUCAUUUCCAUGUUCAAGGACCAGGAAAAUGCGGAGCACGAGCGCGUCAUGUCACUUACACGCGCAGAGAGCAGGCGGGAAGGGGAGCAUUUGGCUGGCUUGUAG